AUGGAUGGAGGAGUUAACGAAAUCAUAUUAGCAAUAAUCAUAAGUUUCUGGUGCCGUAGAAGGAUCCGAUAUGACGGAGGACUUUACAACACUACUUACGAAGCUGAUAAUAUCAAACAAACCGCCAUAUUUAGUCAAUUAUAUCCAACUUUUGCUAGACGACUAUUCCCAUGUUUUGACGAGCCGAAUUUUAAAUCAAUAUUUUAUAUUUUUAUUGAAUAUCCUGACACGUUCGAAAUUAUUGGAAAUUCUCCUAUUACAGGAAAGGUUCAUACCUCAGAUGGGAUAAUUGUCGAAUUUGACGAAACACCGUUAAUGUCAACACAAUCAUUAGGUUUCUUCAUUUCCAACUUUGCUCAAAUGACCACAGCAGAUCAAGAGUACACAUAUAGCGUCUUUACUAAACCUGAACUGAAAAACUAUACAGAAAUUGCUUUAAAACAUGGAUCUGAUUUAAUUAAUUCUAUGGGAGAGUUUACAGGAAUAAAAUAUAACGAUAUGGGCAAUCUUCAACUCUAUGUAGUAGCAACAGAUCGCUUAAAUUUUGGAAAGGAAAAUAGUUGGGGUCUUUUGAUUGAAAGAGAAGAGAAUCUGCUUGAUGAAGACUCUAAAACCAGCGUUAAACAAAAACAAAGAAUUAUACAAACUUUGGCAGGACAGAUAGCUCAUCAGUGGUUUGGCAAUUAUAUAACUCCAAAGUGGUGGUCUGAUGUUUGGCUAAAUGAGGGGUUUACCACGUUUUUUAAGUAUCAUCUUCCAGAUUUGACUUUACAGGAAUUAGAGACUAAAAAUCAGUUUGCAAUCGAAAUUCUUCAGGAUGCCUUAUACCAAGAUUCUAUUCAAGGCGAAGCAGAGCUUUCAACUAGUGAAAACACUGCCAUGACUCCUAAAACUCUGGAGAAAAUCAGCAAUUUUAAGGCUAUUAAAGGUAGUAAAUUUAAUUGCACGAAUCCCACUAAUUUACUGGAAGCUAUGGAGUUGGGAAAUAAAAUGGAAAAAUGGUUAUAUAUGCCAGGAUAUCCCUUGGUUACUGCAACUUUGUCUAAUGACGGAAAAUCAGUUAGUUUGUCUCAGGAGCCGUUCUUUUUAAUAAAAGAUGAUCAAAAAUCUGCUACAGUUUGGAAUAUACCCAUAUCCUAUGUAACUCCAAAUGAAGAUUUGAGUAGUAAAGAAAUUAGUUGGGUUAAUUACGAUGACGUUUUGUGGACUAGAAUAAUUAAUACCUUACAUGGACACGAUAGAAACAAAAUACCUGUCUUAAAUAGAGCACAACUCAUCGACGACAUAUUUUCUCUAGCUAGAGCUGACAAAGUCGAUUAUAAUAAGGCUUUUGAAUUACUGGAUUAUCUUAAGUAUGAAACUGAGUAUUAUCCUUGGGUCUCAGCUUUAAGAAAAAUGUCAUACUUACUAAAACACGUAAACGACAAAACAAAGGUGCUACUAAAGAGAAAACUUUUAACACUAAUUAAUGCAGCUUUUCCAUCUGUUACUGACAUAAAAAGCUCCAAACACGUAGAUAUUAUGAAGCAACAUUUGAUAUUGUAUUGGAAAUGUUCUCUAGGCGAUAAGGAUUGUUUGAAUAGUGCCAAAUUAAAAUUUGAGGAAUACAAAAAUUCAAAAAGGGUAUGGCCAAAAUGGAAACUUGAGAGUUCAAAUGCUGGCCAUGACAUAAACUACGUGGCUUUAUCAGGUCUACUGUCUUUAUUUGGUAGAUAUGGAGAAAAUCCUCUUCCUCCUGUAAAUGUACUUGCCGAUAUUGGAGGUAAUCAUACUUAG